GCGGCGGCGGCGGCGGCGGCGACGACGACGACGACGACGGAGGGCUGCGAUUUUUCCAUUAACCAAUGUCAGGAGAUGGUGAUGGCAUCGUUAGAAGUCCCUCUGGGGAAUCGUUAUCAGGAAUUGAAAUCCUGCCAGAUCAACCAAAAUACGUGUGCACGCUGUCUGCCGAGCUUGUUGCCAAGGCACGGGAAGAGCUACAGGAAAAACCUGAAUGGCGGCUUCGUGAUGUUCAGGCCCUCAGAGACAUGGUGUGCAAAGACUAUCCUAACUUGGGAACCUGUCUAGAUGAUGCUUUCUUGCUCAGGUUCCUUAGAGCCAGAAAGUUUGAUUACGAUCGGGCACUUCAGCUUCUUGUGAACUACCACUGCUGUAGAAGGAGUUGGCCUGAGGUCUUUACAAACUUGAAACCAUCUGCUAUAAAGCCAGUCUUAGAAUCUGGUUUUGUCACUGUGCUUUCUCACUUAGAUGAUGAAGGGCGCCAUGUUGUUUGCAUUCGUCCAGACAGAUGGACACCAAGUAACUACCCGAUUACUGAAAACAUUCGUGCCAUAUACUUAACAUUAGAAAAGCUCAUACAGUCUGAGGAGACCCAGGUGAAUGGAAUUGUAAUCCUUGCAGACUACAAAGGAGUCAGCUUAUCUAAGGCGUCUCAUUUUGGUCCCUUUAUAGCCAAAAAAGUGAUUGGAAUUCUUCAGGAUGGUUUUCCUAUUCGAAUAAAAGCUGUCAAUAUCAUAAAUGAACCUCGCAUAUUCAAAGGCAUUUUUGCCAUCAUCAAACCUUUCCUGAAGGAGAAAAUAGCAAACCGGUUUUUUCUUCAUGGGUCGAAUUUGAGUUCGCUCCAUCGUAACCUUUCACCAAGGAUCCUUCCAGAAGAAUAUGGCGGCAUGGCAGGGAAGCUGGAUAUCUCUACCUGGAAUGAGCUACUGUUUGCCUCAGAAGAUGAUUUCCUGUAUGACGUGUCUCACCUGGCUCUCCCCAAUGAUUAUUCACCUCAUGACCCAUUAAUGGGUGGGGAGAUUGAUGAGAAGCAAUGUGAUGACUCUUUGCGAAGCUUGAAAACCCAGCUUUAUUCCUGCUAUUAACAUAGUAGUAAAAGCUUCCAGAAGGUCACUCUGUUGUCUGCAAAGGGAUUAUGAAUUCUGCCUUGUUCCUUAAGCUGUAGCCAGAUGUAGACCUCGGAAACACUUUACAUUGGAACCAAGCAUAUUUUUAAAAAAGGGAAGCCAUGGAGGAAGGGUGGCAUUCUGUGGCAAUCAGGCAAAAGGGUAUAUUAGGAGGCAAUGUCAGUGUUUUUGUGGUUUGUUGGCCCUUUGCAGAUGAGCCUCUCUCUGAGUGAAUUGCCCAAAUGACUGGCUAAUUAGGUAAUAUUGCUAUCAUCAAGGUUCUAAGCACAAUUACUUGAAAGUAACACUAAAAUCAAUGGAAUAUGUUUUCAAAUAACAAGGUUAGGAUUAAAGAGCUAGAUACUCUCGAGGUUAAAGGGACAGAAAUGGCAGUAAUAUUAUAGGGCUGUGCCACUGUCUGAGAUGUUUUGAUCUACCAUCUGCAUCAGCAGCAGACAAGCCAAUGGCAAGGGAUUAUAAGCGCAUCAGAAGAAAAACAGCUGGGGAAUUACAAUUGCUCUCCCCUGUCAUUAUGUCAUGUUGCCCCUCUCUGUAUAGAAGGGCACAAAUGUAGUAUAUAAGGAUAGUUGGUUAUUUUAUGUCAGAUAAACUUCUAACCUGGGAUGCACAUUUUGCACAGCCACCCUUUCUUAUUGGUUGUAAUAAGUAUUUCCUGGUUAUUACCAUCCCUAACAUUCCCUCUGCACAUAAACAUAGUAGGUUUUUAUUUCCCUUAGGGAAUAUCACUAGUGAGGUGGAAUGCUUUUCCUUGAAUCUUUGAGUUGGCAGAUGCCAUGGUUAUUGUUAUAGUUCAGUGAAAGCACAUGGUGUUUCAGCAUAUUCGAAAGCAUCAGUCUGUAAACCUGUUUGAUACCCAUACUUGAACUUAUUAAAUAGAUAGGACCAAUUAAAAGGAAAAGAUAAUUUUGCAUAAUUGUUCAGCUGCCAGUUUGCAGCCCACUUAGUUAAAUUACAUCUUGGAGGCAGGAUAAAGAAUUUUGUUGUAGAGAGUUCCAGAUAUCUGUCUAAGUAAGGGGGGGGGAAUGGUUGUUUAGAUAUCUUUAUUUUUUAAGAGUUUUUUUUUAAAUAGUCUCUGUGUGAACCAAAUGAAGACAGGGUGUUUUACAAGCACAAUAUGCAAUUUGUAAAUUGCAAUGUUUUCCAUACACUGUGCAAUAAUUUGUCAAUCUUGUUUCAAUGCAUCUUUCAUCCAGGGCACUUUUUAGUCUUGUCUCUAAAGUUCCUUGCAUCAGUGUUUCAGAUUUUCCUUUAUUGCUGGUUUAUCUUUAAAAUAUGUUCUGUCUUCACAGCAGAAUAUUCAACUUCAUACUCUCAAAUUAUCAGCAAAAAUUUUGACCCCUGUCUUCACAUACCUCCAGUGCUACAGGAUGAAACCUCAGUGGGGACUAGAACCCUGCACACGUUGUAUGCUAUUCCAUGCCAAUAUGGUAGUGGGUCAGCACUUAACACGAUGUGAUUUUAUAGCACUUUUUAAAUAGUUGGAGCUAUUUGCGGAGGUUUAAGUUGGUGCCAACUAACACCAGAAACUGGUGCUUACUGUAAAUAUGGACUAUGGUCUUCAAAAAAUGUACCAUUGUAGUAUCAGUGCCAAAUUUGUAUUUUUGUUUUUUAUUCACACAACCACCUGCAUCUGUAUUGCCAAAACCUGAAGCAAUUUUGAGGUCUGCCGUAUUGAAGUACAUUUCCAUUCUGAGUAGGUAUGGUGUGGAGAUAGUAACUAUCCAAAUGGCCACGAAACCUCUUUGUAAUUCCUACUGUAUUGGUAGAAUUCCUAUUGUAUUGGUAGAAUAGGAACAAUAGGUGUCCAUCCUUCAUAGAACUAUAUGGACAUACUUAGGAAAAAGUGUUUCACGUUUUGUCAGUUAAGAGAGACAUGGUUCUUGCCAUCUGUACAUAUAGAAAAAGGUUUCUUAGGUAUGCAUAAUAUAGAAAUAGAAAAUAUGUCAGAUGGUGGUCAGGCCAUAGUUUUGAAGAAUUCUCAGCCACCAUAGUGGCCGAAUGAGGGAUAAGGGUUACAGUCCAAGGCUGGAAUAGUGAAGUAAGGUACGCUAGUGUAAUCCUUGGUAAUGCCAUUAUAUAUACAGUGGUACCCCGGGAUACGAAAGCACCGCCUUACGAAAUUCCCGGGAUACAAAAAAAAUCAAUAGGAAAAAAGUGUUCCGGGU